AUGUCUUCUUCAUACUUUUUAUUUUUCUCUCUAACUCUACUAUUCAUUAGAGUACUCUCGCCUGUUCCAAAUUUUGCUUCUGCUUCUGUGGAGGAAGGCGAUGCUCUUCUUAAAUGGAAAGAAACCCUUCAAGUCCCAAACAACUCCUUGCUUUCUUCAUGGAUUCCUCUCCCUAUGAAUUCCAGUGCAUCGAUCCCAUGCACUUCUUGGUUCGGAGUAGUUUGCAAUACUGAUGGGAGCAUUCAAAAGUUGAAUCUCACGUCUUCUGGGUUAAGAGGCACGCUUCAAGAAAUUUCAUUCUUUAUGCUACAAAAUCUUACGCAUUUUGAUCUCAGGGUAAACAGCUUCUUUGGCCCUAUCCCACCACAAAUCCGACUCCUCUCCAGACUUAUCUAUCUUGAUUUUUCACAGAAUCAGUUUUCUGGUGAAAUCCCACCUGAAAUUGGAAGCAUGGUCUCACUUGAGUUCCUAUACUUAUACUCAAACAAUCUAUCUAGCUCAAUUCCUUCAUCAUUGGGUGCUUUGACAUCUUUAAAUGUCCUUUCUUUGUACCAAAAUCAGCUCUCUGAUUCCAUUCCUUCAUCACUAGGAAAUCUGAGCAACCUACAAUCUCUGUACGUAGCUGAGAACAAUUUAUUUGGUCCCAUUCCUAAUGAACUUGGGAAUUUGAAAUCUCUCACUAUUCUGGUGAUGGCCAUGAAUCAAUUUAGUGGUUACAUUCCUUCAUCACUAGCAAACCUGAGCAACCUAAAUCGUCUUAACCUGGCUCAUAAUAAGUUAUCUGGUCCAAUUCCUAUUGAUCUUGGGAACUUGAAGUCUCUCACUAGGCUUCUGGUAAGCAACAAUACACUUAGUGGUUCUAUUCCUUCAUCAAUUGGAAAUCUGAGCAACCUACAAUUUCUGUUCCUCGAUCAAAAUGAAUUAUCUGGUCCAAUUCCUAUUGAACUUGGGAAUUUGAAGGCUCUCACUAAUUUCCAAGUGAGCCAAAAUCUACUAAAUGGUUCUAUUCCUUCCUCCCUAGAAAACCUCAGUAACCUAGAGUGUAUGUUCCUACAAAGGAAUAAUUUUUCUGGUCUCAUUCCUAAUGAACUUGGGAAUUUGAAGUCUCUCACUGAUCUUGUAAUAAGUAAGAAUCAACUUAGUGGUUCUAUUCCUUUAUCUCUAUCAAACCUGAGUAACCUACAGAUUCUGUACCUAGAUGUGAAUAGAUUAUCUGGUCUCAUUCCUACUGGACUUGGAAAUUUGAAGUCUCUCACUGAUCUUGACAUUAGCAACAAUAAACUUAGAGGUAGCAUACCACCAGAGUUUGCAAAUUCAACGCGAUUACAAAGGCUUGAUUUUUCUUCUAAUCAGUUGGUAGGUGAAAUCCCUAAGGAAUUUGGGAAGAUGAAAAGUAUGCUGAAUUUGUACUUGUCUAAUAACCAACUUUCAGGCAUUAUACCUCUGGAGCUUGGAUCAUUCCAUGAACUCCUUGUACUAGAUCUGUCCACAAACAGAUUGAAUGGGUCGAUACCAAGAAGUAUUGGUCAAUGGGCACAAAUCAAUUACAUGAAUCUUAGUAAUAACAAGCUCGGUGGAAAAAUCCCGUCCGAGAUUGGUAAAUUAGUUCAUCUUGAGAAACUUGAUUUAUCUCGGAAUUUGUUCACACAAGAGAUACCAUCUGAAGUUCAAAGUUUACAAACUUUGCAGAAAUUGGAUCUUUCCCACAAUAGACUAUCUGGUUCUAUUCCUAAUACUUUUACAAAUUUGCAUGGCGGAAUUGAUAUCGACCUGUCUUACAAUGAGCUCACAGGUCCGGUUCCACCGAGCCCCAACUUGGUGAAUGCGUCCGUCCAAGGUAAUCCAGGUUUGUGUGGAAAUGUUACGGGAGUGAAACUUUGUACAAGUCAAAUUACGAAGAAGAAAAACAAUCCCUUUCGUCAGAAGCUCAUCCUUGUAAUCAUGCUCCCCCUUAUAGGGGUAGUUUUACUUUGUUUAUUCACGUAUGGCCUCAUUGCUUAUCGACAACGAUGGAAAAAGUCUCCACGUAAACCAUUGGAUGAAGAAAGUGGUGAUUAUUUCCAUAUUACAAGUUUUGAUGGUAAAGUAGUGUAUGAUGAUAUCUUGAAGGCAACAAAUGAUUUCAAUGAAGCCUACUGUAUAGGGACAGGAGGAUAUGGUAUUGUUUACAAGGCUAAGCUACAACCUGACAAUGUGGUUGCUGUCAAGAAACUUCAUUCAUCAUCCGAGAAUGUUGAUCAUAGUGGUUUCCUUAAUGAGGUACGGGCAUUAACGAACAUAAGGCACCGAAACAUAGUGAAACUUUAUGGAUAUUGCUCCCAUGCCCGCAACUCAAUUUUGAUUUAUGAAUACCUUGAAAAUGGCAGCCUUGGAUCUAUUUUAAAAAGCGAUGUAUUAGCAAAAGAAUUGGAUUGGUUAACAAGGGUCAAUAUUGUAAAGGGCGUUGCUAAUGGUUUGGCUUAUAUGCAUCACGAUUGUUCACCGCCUAUAGUGCAUAGAGACAUUUCCAUAUCCAACAUCCUUCUCGAUUCUGAUUAUGAGGCACGCAUUUCUGAUUUUGGCACAUCCAAGCUUUUAAAGCUAGACUCAUCAAACUGGACUGCAGUAGCAGGAACCUAUGGUUAUAUCGCUCCAGAGCUUGCUUAUACGAUGGUGGCAAAUGAGAAAUGUGAUGUGUAUAGCUUUGGAGUUGUUGCACUAGAAGUGGUCAUGGGAAAGCAUCCUGGGGAACUCAUAACAUCUUUACCAACAUUAUCAGAUGAUCAUCUGGUGUUAGCAAAUGUGGGAGACAGUCGGAUACCACCUCCUUCAUCCCAAGUUGAGAAAGAUGUUAUGUUAGUAUUGAGAGUCUCCAGAGCAUGUUUGAAUUCCAAUCCACAUGAAAGGCCAACGAUGCACCAAGUUUCAAAUCUGUUGAUGAAGGCCUAAUAUAGUGUACUUUCAAUAUUCUUUAUUUUUCUGUAGUUUACUAUGAUGCAUCCUAUGAUAUUUAUGCAAUUAGAUGCCUUCUUGUUAAGAUACUACUGAUACGUUUUCUUAUAUCAGCAUUAACAUUCCUUCUUGUUAUGAUAUUCCGGAG